AUGGGUUGGUUCUGGGGUUCGAACAACGAGGACCCGGUCAAGAAGCUUGACCCCGGCCUUCGCGAAUACCUCGAAAACGAAGCUCCGAAGAAAUACGUCCCCGCCUCUCAGAGCCCGCCAGCAGCAGAAGAAAAAGCUUCACCAUCUACUACAUCCUCUGACGACGCCUCAUCCGCCUCUCCCGCUGUUCCCUCCGCAUCGCUCUUCCCCGACGGCCGGUAUGCACACUUAUGGAAAACCUACAAACCUCCUUCUCCCGGCGAAGUCGGACCCGAAACGACGGGAGUUCCGUCAUUGAAAGCGCACUCUAAGCAGCGCCAAGCUAUGGUAAAACGGGCAGCUAUGGAAAACUGUUCGAUCGAAAACGAGAUCUAUCAUCUUUGCUUGAAAAGCCCUCCUACUAUGAGCGAUCGACUUACUGCCUGUCAAGACAAGAACAAGGUGUUCACUCGUUGUUUCACAACACAAUCUAAAUUCUUGCAAGCAUUAGGAUACGCUUCAGCACACCAAUGGGACGACGAGCGGGAGGAGCGGAUCCAAUUGCACGCCGAUAAGCUAUAUCACGAGAUGCUCGACUACGAGAAGCAGGUGGAAGAAGCUCGGGAGGCCGGUCGAGAACCGCCGCCGUUAACCUCUCUUUUCAACCCCCAGGCCAAGCCGAUUGAGCGUGCUAGCGUUGGCCCCGCGGAGCUGGAAAUUCCCGGAGGAGAGCCAAUCCCAGAGGGCUUCACCCCGUCGAAACCGUUGGAGCGAUUGACUCCACACGAGCGAGAGCUGGAAAUCCGGGCAUACUAUCAACAGCUGGAGGAACAGAAGGCAUACGUGAAAGGGAUGUUACCAGUAAUCCGCUCUCACGAUGAGGCUCGAGACAAACGGCGCGAGAAACUUGUCGGUUGGUUUGGAGAGACAGUGGGCAAUUGGAUGACACGGUGA